CAACGCCCCCAUUCGAACCCCUUCAGCGUUACAGCACAAGUCCGUCGCCAACAGAGAAGGGAAGGGAGGAACACGUCUUGUCCACCGGCCAUGGCGGGUUGGAUCUCCUCCAAGCUGAAGGUCGCUGAGUCCCUUCUCCAGCAGAUCGAUCAACAGGCGGCUGAGUCAUUGGGCAAGAGCGAAAGCUCCCGAUCCCCUUACGAUGGCCUCCCCCAAGAGAUCCCUAAGAAGGCUGAUCCGUCUCGCCCCCUCAAGUACCAAUUGCCCACGAAAUCAUCGCCGUCUCCCCCGCCGCCGCCCGAUAUCGGCAGGCCGGUCUCUGUCCCGCCGUCUCCGGCCAAUUCGGAGCCAUCCGUUGCUGAAGGGGAUUGGACCGAGCUCCUCAGCUCCGCCGACCCGUCCAGCUCCCUUCCCCGUCCCAACGGCGGUGCCAAGAAGCCCGCCGCCUUGCUCUCGCCCGUCGGUAAGGGCGUCCGGGCGGGAUUUGGCGGCUUAGUUAAGCCCGCGAGGAGAUCUGAUGUCGCUGCUUCCGAAGGUGAAACCGUUAAGAACGUUUCCGUAGACAGGGAGGAACCUUCCGCGUCCGCCGGCCUUCGGCCCUCACGCGGAUCUUCCAGUUUUUUAGAUUUGACGAAGGAAUUAUUUAAACAAGAAUUUCAAGGAGGUGGUGGUGAUCGUUCUCGGGCUAUUGGAUCGGAUAUUGAUUCGAAGAAGCUAGAUGUGAAGGAGGGGGUUGAAGGUGGUGAUGACAGUAAAAGUAGGAGCAAUGAGAAAAGCAAGCAUGCAGGCAUUGCCUUAAGAACAUCCGGUUCUCGUGAUGAAACGAGAAGUUCUUUGGAGAGUGAUGAGGAAUCCAGUGAUUCCAAUUCUGCUUCUGAUUCAGAUGAGGAAGAAAGGCAGAAGAGGGAAGAAAGGAGGAGAAGGAAAGAGCAGAUCAUUGCAGAGAGGAUAGCGGCAGUUGCUGCUGAGGCCAUCAAAGAACGUGAAGAUAUUGUUGCCAGAUUAGAGGGCGAGAAGCAGAGUUUGGAGAAACUACUUGAGGAGCGCGAGAAGAAGCAAGCGGAAGAGGCCUCAGAAUUGCAGAUGAGCAUGAUUGAAGCUAUGGAGGCUGUUGAGAGAGAAAAGCAGAAGCAUAACAGUACAAUGAUGGAAGCACUUGCCCGGUUAGCUGAGCCUGAGACAACGAAUGCAGAGCUUGCAAAAUCACUGGCAACAGUUCAAAUGCAUCUGGAAAGUGCGGUAACUCGGGUGGGAGAACUUCAUCAACAAGUUGAAUUAAAAGAACUGGCUCUAAAAGAAGAUAGAAGGAAUCUCUUUAAGAUUCACCAGCGUGGCCCUUCUGUAGAAGAAGUAGAAUCAUUAAGAAGGUCUCAAUUCAAACAAGAAAUUCUUGAUGCUGAGUACUCUUUUACAUGUGAUAAAUUGUUGAAGUUAAAGGACAAGGCAAAGAAUUUAGAAGAGAAUAUUAAAAUGAUGCGAAGGGAUAUUGUGCAUCCAACUGAAGUUGAGGUUGAACUUAAAAAAAGGCUUGACCAACUAACUGAUCGCUUAAUACAGAAGCAGAUGCAGGUUGAGGCUCUUUCCUCCGAGAAGGCAACUUUGGUGCUUAGGAUUGAGACUGUUUCCAAAUUACUUGAUGAAAGUGGGUUUUCGCAGCAAGCAACUGGUUUUGCAGACAAUCAUGAACUUGCUAGUUCAUUAGAAGCGAUUGAUAUUGAAGCUGGGACACAGCAACCAUCUGUUUCGGCACUAAGACCAGCAAUCCGUGACAAAAUAAGAACAGGACAGAAGCAAUUAGGAUCAGCUAUUCAACAGUUGGAUUUUGUGUUUUCCAUUGGUGUCAUUUAUCUGAGGAGGAACAAGAAGGCCCAGGUUUGCUCAUUGCUUUAUCUUUUGUGCCUCCAUUUGUGGGUAAUUUACAUACUUAAUUCCAAUUCCCAUGUCUCAGACAGUGCUAAAUCUGGUGCUGUCUACUCUUUAGAAUCCAUCAACAUGACUUCUAAUUCGUGACAUCCUGCAUUUUGUUUUCCUGUUCGUGGGUCAUGAUAUAUGGCAGUUACAAUCAGAAUAUUGCUUAAAGACCUGUUUGUUCAUUCUUACACUUCUGGAGAACGAGACCUGUCAACAAUUCCAUUGUACUACAGGCUUUGAUUUAUCUUCUCGAGUCAAAAUUGUUACAAAGUUACUAUUGGCAUUAAAAUUUGUACUGGCGGCGUAUAGACGAAGCCGUUCUAGUUUA